AUGGCUCAGACAAAAGCGAGACGAGCUUCAAGCUCGAAGCUCAAUCGAAAAUCCAAAUCUUCUUCAUCAGCGACAACGACAGCACCAACAUCUGUCAAACCACGAGCACGACUUGCCGCAACUGACUUGAGAUGGAAACCUGUAAACACUUCUUCAUUCUCUGGGAUAGAUGGAGGAGGAGGUAUGAUGAUGCUUGAAGAGCUUGACGACGUCACUAUCGAGUGGGACGAAAGUGCGAAUGGAAGAAAAGUAGCGAAAUUUGUUGCUAAAGAAGAAACGAAAGAGGGCAAAGGGAAAGGAAAGGCCGUUGAAGAAGACACAGAUGUUGCCGAAUCGGGGCUUGAAGAGGAAACUUCUGCGGAUGAGGUAGCUUCCCAGGACGAUGAAGGCGCAGAGGAGGCAUUUCCAGAUUUCGCAGCUCUAGCUCAAGAGGAUUUAGACGAGGAAGAUGAAGACGAGCACGAACAAGGUCAAGUGGAGGAGGAACCCGCUUUCGAUGAUGAGCUUUUACCUGAAUGGACGGAUAUAAAAUUACACAACUCACUGAAAAAAGCUUUCCUCGCUGCCGGCUAUGUGAGACCUACUGAUAUUCAAAGAAGAGGAUUGCCGGCCGGACUGAAAGGAAAAGAUGUCGUUGGUGUAGCAGAGACUGGAUCUGGUAAAACCCUUGCAUAUUCCCUUCCGAUCCUUUCAUACCUGCUUCGUGCACCUAGUCCAUCGCCUUCUGUCAGAAGAAAACUCAGUGGCCUAGUCCUUUGUCCAACACGAGAGUUGGCCUUACAAGUAGUCGGUCAUCUGAAUGUUCUUCUUAAACACGCAGUCUCGUCAGUCGGGGAUGAUGAUGAUGAGGAAGGUGAAUCGAAGCCAAAAGGUCCACCCAGGAUCAGCAUCGGAAGUGUAGUUGGAGGAUUAUCUGCUCAGAAACAGAAGAGAAUCCUGGACAGAGGCUGUGAUAUCUUGGUAGCUACACCUGGUCGAUUGUGGGACUUGAUCAAAGCAGACGACGAGUUGGCUACUAGUAUUCGAACUCUUCGGUUCUUAGUGAUUGAUGAAGCAGAUAGGAUGAUAGAAAACGGCCACUUUGCAGAAUUGGAAAACAUCGUCCGAUUGACUCAAAGGCACGGAGCUGUGACGCAAGGACCAGAUGAUGAUGAUCCCGUUUUUGCCCAAAUGUCAACCUUGUUAGAAGAUUCAAAAGCUAGAGACGAUAUGCAAACAUUCGUUUUCUCCGCUACACUGUCGAAGGAUUUGCAACAAAAUCUGCAAAGAAGACAUAAAGCUGGUGGAAAAGGAAAAGGGAAAAAAAGGUCGACAUUAGAGGAUCUUGUGGACAAACUCGAUUUCAGAGAUCCUAAACCCGAGGUCAUUGAUCUCAGUCCCGAAGGUGGUGUAGUAGCUUCUUUGCGGGAAAGUAUGAUCGAAUGCGUCAUGACAGAUAAAGAUUUAUACCUCUACUAUUUCCUUCUCCGAUAUCCUGGUCGUUCACUGGUUUUUGUCGGGUCGAUAGAUGGUAUACGGCGACUCAUACCUCUGUUCACACUUCUACAGAUGCCUAUCUACCCCCUUCAUUCUCAACUUCAACAAAAACAACGACUGAAGAAUCUUGAUCGUUUCAAAACCUCCAAAAAUGCGAUUUUGAUAGCCACAGAUGUGGCAGCAAGAGGUUUAGAUAUACCUCAAGUGGAUCACGUAAUUCAUUUCAAUUUACCCAGAACGGCUGAUGCCUAUAUUCAUAGAAGUGGAAGAACUGCAAGAGCCAAAAACGAAGGUUUCGCUUUGCAAUUGUGCUCUCCUGAGGAGAAGGGAAUGCAGAGAGCUUUGAUGAGGGGUUUGGGUAGAAGUCACGAAUUACCUGAUUUACCUAUUGAAAGUGGUUUCUUACAACCGAUGAGAGAGCGAAUCAAGUUGGCCAGAGAAAUCGAAAAGGCAGAACAUCAACAAUCCAAAUCUUCACAUGAUAAGAACUGGUUAUUGGAGACUGCUGAAGCUAUGGACCUGGAUGUCGAUCCAGAUUUAUUCUCUGACCAAGAGGAUGAUCCAGAUUUACCAUUUUCACGCAGAGUGAAGAAACAUAAAGGGCAAAAGAAGAACAUUGACGUCAGAGCAUUGAAAGAUGAAUUAAGAGAGUUGUUGAAAGAGAAAUUGAUGGCUAGAGGUGUCAGUGCAAAAUAUCCGACUAGUGGAAGUAAAGUCAUAGUGGAUGAUCUGUUGAGAGAAACUGGCCAUGCAACAUUGCUGGGAGCAGGGACAAAGAAGGCCUACGAUGAAGUGCUUGCCGGAAAGAGAAAAUUGGGCCAAAAGAGGGGUGGCGGAGGGUUGAUCAACAAGAGGAAGAAGGUACAAGGCUAG